CUGACUUGGCUCCAUCACUAUCUGUACAUGUUUCAAACUGACAAGUAACGUACAGCCCUAGAAAAGAAAUGUCGAAUGCCACCGAUUAAAGCUCAGGGGCCGCCGGCUGGUAGACCGUAGGCGACCAAGCGUUUCGCAUGCCGCGUUUCGGAGGACUCGAAUGCCGGCUCUACUGCUGUGUUCAGAGACCGAAGUGAGCGUCGGGAGCGCAGACUUAACCCAUCUAGCAUAUGCACCCGCAUACUCAGGUGGCCAGAAGUCUAGCCAGGAAUUACCUGAUGCAAGCCGAUUCAGACUGCAGGUGGCGGUACGAAACCCUCCGACAGGUCCGGGGAAAAACGUCCGCUCUCAUCAGCGGCAGGGUUCAAGUUGGAGUGGUGCCGAGCGGUGGAUUUCCAAAAGAGUCAUAACGCACGUGAGCCGAGGACCUGCUGCGAAACAAGCAAUCCCAAGAAAUCCCAAGAGAUGCCCACGAUCUCUUGGUCUCUUGAUCCCUCGGCGAGGCGACGCCAAGAAGGGGCGCUCGAUCAGCCAAGUCGGGCGACCGAAGGCUUGGCAAGUGGUCCCUGGCCCGGCGACGAAUAACGUCCGGUUCUGGGACCACGUUUUCCUUCCCAGUUUCGCCUUCCGCUCUGAGCACGUUGUUACCCCCAUGCCCAAACCUGCAGCAAUGUCUUGGACGAUUGGAUUGUCCCAAUGGGCGAUCUGCCUGAUGGUCUGGAUCCGUCACCGAAUGGAUGCUCUUGGCAAAGAAUGAAGGGUCCAGAAUGCUUUUCGCUGGGAUGAGUCUCGAUGCAAACACCGAUGCAUGCAAUGCGCAUUGCGCAACGAUUGCGAGGUCCACCUGUCAUCUAUAACUGAGUACACCCU